CGUUUACGGAAAAACUUCUAAAAAAAUAAAUCAUUUCUGAAUUCUCUGUUUUCAGAAAAUAUGAGCUCACGGAACUACAUCUACCCAACUUCGAUGAUAAAUACCACUACCACCAAUCCAAAAAUCUCUGAUUCUCUCUUCGAAUUCGACGAAUCCGAAAUAUGGAAUUCGAGUCCGGUUCUCAACCAAACUCCGCCGUUAGAAUCGUCGGCGGCUGUGGCGGCGACGAAGAAAUGGAUACCGAUCUCGAGAGAGCCGAAGAAAAUCGGGAUGAUAAGGAAGAUGAGUAUGACCAAAACGACGGCGUCUUCGUCGGUUCCGGUCAACGUACCAGACUGGUCAAAGAUUCUCAAGGACGAUUACAAGGACCACCGCAAAGUCAGUGACUUCGACUUCGACGACGAAACAGAAAACGACGAUGAAGAUCACGGCGGCAUCGGCGUCAUCGGUGGUGGCGAUGAUGAUUGGAUUCCACCGCAUGAGUACCUGGCCAGGACGAGAGGAGCUUCGCUUUCGGUCCACGAAGGCGUGGGUAGGACCCUCAAAGGAAGAGACCUGUGGCGCGUGAGAAACGCCAUUUGGAAAAAAGUCGGUUUUGAGGAUUAAUUAUUAUUAUUAUUAUUUCAAAAUUUGAGUUUUAAUUAACAAAAAUUUUGAAAAUGGAAAUGGAAAUUUUGGUAGGGGUAAGAGUAGUAGAAGGAAAAUUUGUUAUUAUUAUUAUUAUUAUUACUUUAUAAUUAGUCUCUCUUAUAUUAAAUAUUACAGGACUAAUUUUAUUGUUCAUUAUGUACUCCGGGUGUCUGAGUUUUAAUGAAGGACCUCUUUUUUA